UGUUGUCUGACUAUCGACCCUGCUCCUAAUACUCGCAUCUCAAACCCGCUGACGCGUCUCCGGCGAGAACGUGAUUGGCUUCCCGACGCCUGGUAGACUCUCAACACCAUCAAAUAAAGGGCACAGGCUUUCUGCAUUGCUUGACGAGCCUCAAUACUGCUCGCCGCCCUUUUCUAUUCUAUUCGAACGCACCUGAAAUGCCAGAGCUGCCGGUACUGUGAGCCGUACUGUGAGCCAUUCAGUGAUCGUCCUUCAGAAUGUCUUCCCCAACCGCAAACAAACUCUCCAAGGCGGGCCACUGGAUAGCAGAAGAGUUCGGCCUCAAGUCGCUGGUUUCCGCUGGAAAGGACACCCACAUUCUCAUCCUCGCCCGGGCCGUGCGCAUGUUCGCCUAUGGAGCCGCUGCUUUCGUCUUAGCCCUGUACUUUGAAGCUCUCCACAUCUCAGACUCCCGGAUAGGGCUGUUCAUGACUCUCACUCUCCUCGGCGACGUCUUGAUUAGCCUUCUACUCACUAUCGUGGCUGAUAAAUUGGGCCGCCGAAAUAUCCUGCUGCUUGGUGCUCUCAUGAUGGCCUUCUCCGGCGUCAUCUUCGCUUCCACGGGCAGAUACUGGCUCCUCUUACUUGCGGCCAUAGUUGGCGUUAUCAGCCCUAGUGGAGGGGAGAUCGGGCCCUUCCGAGCCGUGGAGGAAUCAACCAUGGCCCAUCUAGUGGAGGCAAGCAAGCGAUCAGACGUAUUUGCCUGGUACGUGGUGUUUGCCGUGUUUGGGACUUCGGCAGGUGUGUUGGUGGGAGGUGGUGCUGUGGACCAUUUCCGAGCUCUAGAUGGCUGGACGGACGUGGACGCCUACCGAAUUGUCUUCUGGGUAUACGCCGGACUGGGCUUCUUGAAGGGGGUCUUGGUACUCUUCCUCAGCAAGAAAUGCGAGACAGACAAACGCAACGAAUCCCAGGAACCAGCGCAGAUUGUACCCGAAGACGACGAAACGGAACCACUGUUAGGCAACGAAAGCACCCAACAACCUAUCCAGAACGGAGAGACCCCACGACCUGCCGAGAAGAGCAGCCGCAACCCAUUCGCCCACAUCUCCUUGAAAAGCCGCUGGAUCCUCCUCCGCCUCUGCGCCCUCUUCUCCAUCGACUCCAUGGCUAGCGGCAUGGUCCCCUUCUCCCUAAUCAACUUCUACAUGGACCGGAAAUUCCACCUCCCAAAAACAAAGCUCAGCAGCAUCAUGUCCGCGACCUGGAUCUUCUCCGCCGUGGGCAAUAUCUUCGCCUCGUCAAUCUCCAAACGAAUCGGCCUCGUGAAGACUAUGGUCUUCACCCACCUUCCCUCCGCGAUCUUCUUGGCGCUCUUCCCGGUCCCGAACUCGCUCGCGCUGACCAUUUGUCUUCUUGUCGCCCGGGCAUCCCUGAGCUCGAUGGAUCAAGCGCCGCGAUCUGCGUUCCUGUCAGCCGUGGUACUGCCGAAUGAAAGGACGGCCGUCAUGGGAAUCGUGAAUGUGAGCAAGACCCUUUCGCAGAGUGUGGGUCCGGUGAUUACUGGAGUUCUGGCAGGCCACGACCACUUCUGGAUCGCAUUCGUGGUUGCCGGAUCCAUGAAGGCAGCGUACGACAUCGGGCUGCUUACGUUCUUCGUGAACACCAAGCUCAAUCGGAAUGAGACAGAGCAGCACGCUGGUGAAACUGCUGCGAAUGGCACUGGUAGGGAGUAGCCGGCGAAUAGGCCUGGUGCAGAUGUUAGGCGAGCGGAAGAUACCGAACAGAUCCCGGAGAGGACAGCUACACAGCGCUCAACUUAAAAACAAUUGUUAGACUGGGAUAGGUUCAAAUCUUUUGUGUAUAUAAAUGUGUUAGAAUAGAAGCGAAAAGAAAACCUGUAAAGUCACUACUCAACCGGACCUGAUCAUCGUAAGGCUCAAAAUCUGAUGCGAGUGCGACGUUUGCAAGAACGUGCCCACGAGGAGAAUAGAAACGAGAUGAAUGCAGACGCCAUAUUU